GUUAAACAACAACCAUUGGAUAGAGAAACCGCACCUUGUGCAGUUACUCUCAAACUGCACCAGAUCCUCUUCCUAAAAAAGCCUAGUCAGUAAAUGAUUUUACAAUCCAACAGAACACAAAUAGAACUUGCACCAUGUUGCUGUCACAAGCCAAACUGCACAACAACAACAACAACAGCAUCUCCAAUGCCAUUAACAUGAGUAUGAAGAACAAGGGUAACAACAACAAUAACAAUAAUCAUUGUUCACCAGCUAUACUUUACCUCUACCCUUGUCUUGAUGGUGUUUUUGCUGCCCUUGCUGCACACCUUUACUUUAAGGCCACUUCAUUAUUAUCCCCUCUUUUUUUUCCCAACACUGUCUACAACCCCCUCAGUGCUGAAGAUCUUCCUCUGAAUGAAAUUGGUGAUCUUUAUCUCUUAGAUUUUGUGGGGCCUGAUGGUUUUGUUCAGGAAAUCUCCACCAAAGUUCCAAGGGUAAUUGUUUUGGACCAUCACAAGAGUGCCCUUGAGAUGCUAGGCAAUGAGGCUUCGCUUGGUGAGAAUGUGGUUAAGGUUAUUGACAUGGAGAGGAGUGGGGCUACUAUUGCUUUUGAUUACUUCAAAGAUAAGAUUUUGAGUCCUGAUGUUGCGGUUAAGCACCCGUCAGUGCACGAAGAAUUUGAGCGUGUCAGGCAACUUUUUCUGUAUACUGAAGAUGGGGACCUUUGGAGGUGGAGAUUCCCAAACAGCAAAGCUUUUGGAAGCGGUUUGAAGGAUUUGAACAUUGAAUUUGAUGCCAGGAAAAACCCUUCCUUGUUUGAUCAGUUGCUUUCACUAGACUUGGAUAAUAUUAUUAGUAAAGGCAAGCUGAGCUUAUCAGACAAGCAAAAAUUAAUCGAUGAAUAUCUCAGGAAGUCAUAUGAAAUUGCCCUUGGGAAUGCUGAAUUUGGUCAUUGCCUGAGUUGAGAAGUGAAUUAGGACAUCAAUUAGCUACUAAAAGCCAGAAAAUGAAUUUGAGGUUUGUUCGUUUAAUUUUCUUGUCACUGUUAGUUAAAUCAUAUUGCUGUUAUUUUCCAUUUGAGUUCUUGGAAAAUCCCUUACUUAGUGAUAUAUCCUAGUUGUAGUAUUACAGAGGUUAUGCGGUAGAAAUUUAAAGUUUUUCUUCUUUCCCUCUUCUCCCUAACAAAACUUUAUUGAGAAGCAUAUUGAGGUGAGUGUUGGAGAUUCCUCAUUCACUCUUGACUAGUGAUAUAGCCAAAAUAAUGUAUAUAUGUGAGGAGCAACUCUUAUCUUGAGUUACCUUUUGGGAUUGAAUUUGGUCCGAAUUCAAAUUCAAAGACGUAGGGUGAGGAUUGUCCCUUACAUAUAUACACUAUUUUAGUCAUAUCACUAGUCAAUAUGAGAUCUUCAACAACAAGGGCGAUGUGUUAAUUUGAUUGAGUUCAGAAAUUAAUUUAUAUGACUAGGUAUGUAUUUCCUCCUAGGAAUUACUCCCUCUAUCCCUAAUUAUAAGAUCCUUUUCAAAAAAUUGUCUGUCCCUUUUUAUACGAUCCUUUUUUAAUUUUAGAUGUAUUAAUUAUUUUUUUUCCUAUAUACCCUUACUUAAUUU